AUGGCAAUUGGAGAUGGAAUUGCAGAUGAAAUUACUGUAUUUUCAAGCUACAAAUACCCUGGUGCUGAAGAACUAGAAAUAUAUAAAGCUUUAUUUACGAAAGAUAAUGAAUUGUCUGAAAAACAAAUUUCUUCUUAUCAUGUGAAAUCUAAACAUGUACCACCUGAUGAAAAAAUGCUGAAGCAGAAACUUCAGUUUUAUAAUAUUAGAGUUCCAGAACGUCAAAAAGAACGAAAUCAGAUGUUGGAAGAAGGCUUAGGCAGUCUACCUCGGCAGUUGGAUUCUUUGAGUACUUUGCUAUUGUUCAACACAUCAGAAAAUCCGUACAAAAAGUAUGUUGUGUUGGAUCCUUUAGGAGCUGUUACGAAAACAAGGAAGAGUUUAGAAGAAGAAUCAGCAACUGAUGAAAUAGGUGCUGCUCCCUUAUCUAUUAGCCAGCGAGAACCAAUUGAAGCCGUGGAAAAAAUUAAUUACUUUUACAAUCCUGGCCUUGGUGAAGUACCAGAGAUGGAUGUUCCAUUAGCUUUGCCAGAUUUACCAGGAAUUGCAGAUGAUUUGCUAUACAGUGGAGAUUUAGGGCCUUCUAUUGCUCCGUCAUCUGUACCAACUAUUACUGCUACUGUGUUACCUGAAUUGCCUACAGUUGUGCCUGAAAGUCCUCAAGAUUCCAUAUCAACAAAAGUGCCCAAUACAUCAACUGUUUCUGGUCUGAUUAAUACAACCUCUGAAAGUGUUACAACUGCACCACCGCUACCUCCUCCUCCACCACCACCUCCUCCUCCUCCUCCUCCACCACCUCCUCCACUGCCUGCAACGUCUGGUCCAUCAGCAAUUCCUUCUGAAAGUAGUUCAGCUGCAGAACCUGAGAAGCCAAGUCCAGUUGUUGGAGCACCAGAAGCAGUUGUGAAUCCCGGUGAUGCAAGAGCUAAUUUAUUGGAAUCCAUUAGACGUGCUGGAGGAAGUGGAAAGGCCAAAUUAAAAAGUGUCACUGAUAGGAAGAUAGAAGCUAAGAAAAAGAAAGAGGAAGAGAAAAAAUCUACUGGAAGUGGAGAUCUCAUGAGUGAUUUAUUUAAUAAACUGCAGAUGAGAAGAAAAGGAAUAUCUGGAGCUAAUCGAACUGGAAGUGUUUCAGAUAGUAACUCACAACCAACCUCAGCAGUCAAUCCACAGUCAGCUCUGGAAAAAAUAUCUGCCAUGAUACCUCCUCCUCCACUCUCCAAGCAAUCUGAAGAUACAUCUGGCGAUAAUGAUGAUGACUGGGAAUAAAAUUUUGUAAUUUUCUUAAUUCAAUUUCUAAUGUUAUUUUCUUAGGAGAAAUGUAUGAAAUAUUUUAUAAAAAUGUUAAUUUAUAA